GGCCAGGCGGGAGCGACAGGGGUUCCGAGGCUAAGGAUCGCUUACCGCCCGUUCCUGCCUACGACCGAUCUGUUUACCUUUACAGGCUCGGUAAGCCUGAAACUAGUUGACUGGCGCCAGCCCUGCCCCUCAUUUUAAUGCAUGCAAUACUCGUACCCAGCCGACCAUUUUCCAUACUCAUGGAGACCUCUUUGUCACCAGUUCCAUGGAUGUGCAGCUGGAAUCUUCGCGUGGCUGGAGGAGAAGCUACCUCACUGUCGGAUUCUUCACCAUCUUCAAACAAUCACCUUGCACCCUGUGAAAGCAUUCAAUGUCAGACCUUGAGGUCAGAUCACCUGGGGAGGAAACGACGACGGUAUGGGCGCUGGCUUCGACGACUGACAAUUGGGAUACCACCACAACGACGGCGUGGGCGCUCGCCUCAACAGACAAUUGGGAUACCACUACGACGACGGCAUGGGCUCUCGCUUCGACAAACGGAUGGACAACCACGACUGAAACGCCUUGUACAACGAGCACUUGGAGCACAACGACGUCGUGCACAACCACCACAACACCCUACUGGACGACUUCGACCACGUCUUGUACAACGACAACAACAACGGCCUCCAAAACAACCGAGCAUUGUGGACUAUGCGGCGACUCAACGAAUACUGCUCCUGCAACAUACACCAACUCGGCAGGGCAAGUGGUCGCGGUGACCCAUCACAAAGCAGGUCUAUCGCCUGGUAUUGUCGGUGCCAUCGUCAUUGGCGUCUUCUUCGGUGUCCUCCUCCUAGCUCUCCUCUGCAUCUUCUGCUUCCGCCGCGCCCGCUCACGGGCGUACUACGAGGAAGAUGACGAGUCGGAAGAUAGUCGCAGGCGUCCACCAAGACCGAUCGAUCCGUACGGAGGCCGACCUAUGACUUUUGUUGGUGGUGGUGAUCGUCCUGAGACCAAGGUUGUCAUUACGAGGCAACAGCGGAUGUUUGUCCGACCUCCUGCACGAAGAGUGGAAACGCGAAGAGAGCGUGUGGUUGUUGUCGAGGACGACUGAAGGAUCUGAUUCUGCUGAGUGUAUUUACUAGUGUUGACUGCAUACUGGAUUGGACAUAUGGGAUGGGCAUGUUCGGAUGACAUGGACUUAUGGUACAGGAUAUUUUUGGAUGGUUUGGACAUCGUUUUCUACAAGAUUGGGACAUAAUGCAGAUAGCAUGGAACAUAGCAGGUUGGCAUCGGAGAUAUCUCCUGGUUACAAGAAGUACAUUGUGAAUUUGUACACGUCAAUCAAGAAACCAUAC